UUUGGACGCCAGUGACAGCUCUGCCAGUUCAAUAUUUCAAUUUUUGCAGCGCGUCUCGCCCAAUUUUCCGCAAUUAAAUUCCACCAGCAAAGCUAUCAACAAAUAUGCUGUCAGGCCACAAACCUUCUAUAAUGUACUUUUAGAAAAGUAAUAUUUGUUAAAGUGAGCGUGUGAGUGCUGGGAUUCGAAUCUACGGAAGUCCUUUUCGUUUGUGCUGUUGUUGUUUUGUUGCUUUGGCUACUGCUGUCGCCCUGUAUACGCCCUUGCGUAUAACAAUGGACAUGGAAUACGCCAACAUCAAUGAAUUUAAUGACCGCGACCUAGCGACACGCAUGCCCAACAGCAAUUAUGAAAAAUACAAGUCUCUGGUGCGCAUGCACCUCUCCUUCGAGCUGGAACUAAACACCGACGAGUUCGACAUGCCGUGCCAUGAAAUCGUCUACGAAGAUAAGGGCAAGAUAAAGAAGUGGAAUCGCCUCUCCAAGAAGAAUCGCGGACCUGCCACAGGCUGCACGGCUGGGGCAGGCAGUAAGUCGGCGGGCAACAGUCCCACUGAAACGCUGCAGCAACAAAUUGAUGCCGGCUUUCUGAUGCACCUGGAGGAGCUCAAAAAGUUUCUUAUGCUGGAGAAGAAUCUCACCCAGGAGGGACUAUUUCGCAAGACAGGAGCCGUUUCCAGGCAGAACGAGCUACGAAUGCACAUACAGCACGACCAGCCCUUGGAUUUGGAACUGACAGGAUUCUCGGCUCACGACUGUGCCACUGUUUUUAAGAGCUUUCUGGCCGAGCUGCCAGAGCCUUUGCUUACAGACGCCCACUAUCCAGCACAUCUUCAGAUAGCGCCGCUUAGCCAGGCAUUAAUGAGGGGUCAGGUGGCGGCUACCGCAGAGCGCCAACAACAUCUUCUCAACUCGGUGCAGCUGCUCCUUCUCCUGCUCCCCGAAGAGCAUCGCGAGUUACUGCAGCACAUUAUUAAAAUGCUCCAUUCGGUGGCAGCGCGUGGGGAGAGCAACAAGAUGUCCGCGGAGAAUUUGGCCAUCUUGUUUACACCGCACCUGAUUUGCCCCAGGAAAAUGCCGCCUGAGGCGCUCCACUAUACGGCGAAGAAGAUGUCCAGAAUUGUGUCCUACAUGAUUCAGCAGGGUCUGGAAAUCUUCGAAGUUCCCGGAAAGCUAGCCACCGAUAUUCGGGCGUACUUUCUUGAGCGCAAACGCAAAAAAACCAUGUCACCGGAGCAAACCCUUGAAGAAUCCAUCUCGGACGACUCGACAGUCAACACGGUGUACACUUUUGUAGAUCGUGCCGCCACGGCAGCGGCAAACAACAGCAAUUACACGGACACUGUGUAGCAUAUUGGAUAUUACCAAACCUUCACGGAAGGCUGAGCAGGUGAUGGUUCGUCUCCCGUCCGGGCACGUGCUUGUUCCGGCUUCCGUCUCAUCGGCAAGAAAUGGGGGGGGUUUUUUUAUUUCCCAGAACGGACGGGACACAGCUCUACUCCAACAAUCAUAAUACUGACACAGUAACGUUCAUUAAAAUUUCACGUGCAAGCGAA